AUCUGCUGAUAAUAGUACCGUCUCUUAGGCUGUCAACUUGAAGUUGCACAUUUCAAGGGCAGUUUCAAUUACUUAUUGGAUUGGGCACAAGUUGUUGUAAUCUUGCACAGAGUUAUAAGAAACAUGCUUUGCAGAGCUGGAGAAAUACGCAGAUGUGCUGUCAGUCUCAGCCAAAGCAUUUGUAAGAUAGCUGCAUCUAGGCAGAAGCACACACUUCCUGACCUGACAUAUGACUAUGGAGCCCUGGAGCCUCACAUCAAUGCUGAGAUAAUGCAGCUUCACCACAGCAAGCAUCAUGCCACAUAUGUUAACAACCUUAACGUUACGGAGGAGAAAUAUAAGGAGGCUCUUGCAAAGGGAGAUGUGACUGCACAAGUUGCCCUUCAGCCUGCUUUAAAGUUUAACGGCGGCGGCCACAUUAACCACACCAUCUUUUGGACCAAUCUCUCGCCAAAUGGUGGCGGUGAACCCCAAGGGGAGCUGAUGGAGGCCAUCAAACGGGACUUUGGCUCCUUCCAGAAGAUGAAAGAGAAGAUGGCCGCUGUCACGGUAGCUGUCCAGGGCUCAGGCUGGGGAUGGCUCGGUUACGAAAAGGAGAGCGGACGACUUCGCAUUGCUGCUUGUGCUAACCAGGAUCCACUGCAGGGCACUACAGGUCUCAUCCCUCUCCUUGGCAUUGACGUAUGGGAGCAUGCCUACUAUCUCCAGUACAAGAAUGUGCGCCCUGACUACGUGAAGGCUAUCUGGAAUGUAAUCAACUGGGAGAACGUGCACGAACGUCUACAGAUUGCCAAAAAGUAGAAAAGGCUCCUUAGUCAUCGCCCAGUAGCACCUUUGAUCAAAACCUUUCAAAUAAUGGAUAUGAAAAACAUUUUUGGUUAAGCAGCACUUGCUGCUCAAAGACGUCUGUAGCGUUCAUAAAAAUAAACGAUUCAAAGUGCUUUGCUGUUUAAAACAAACCACAUCCCCCUUAAUUAAGGAAAGCAAUGUGAAAACCAAAGACUUCUGCAAAUGCAAACCACCAGAGUCUUGUUAAAGCGCACAAAAACUGGCCUCCUUCUGACAUAGAAGCUUGUCUCUUGUUUUUCAUACCCAAGUAACCGGUGCCACAUAGGUGCAUACUUAAAAAGGUGUGUUUAUGUCCAAAUAAGUGACACUAGGAUCAGACAAUGUAACAGUUCAUGUUUUUAAUGUAAUAAAAUAGUGUUUCAAUUGUA